AUGUGGAGUCCACCGGAAGCGACCGCACAGAGGGAACGUAUCCCCAGCCGACGUAAGCGCGUGGUGACGGAGGCGCGCAAGGAGCAGAACCGGAUGGCGCAGCGGGCUUACCGUCGCCGACAGAGAGAGGAACGACUGAAGAAUGCGCAGCCACCGAGAACACAGCGAUAUCCCACGCUGCGGCCACUCCCACCGCUACAAAACCCCCCUUCGCACGGUCCUAUUCCCCGAGGCUCCACCAAUUUGAGCGACCCAAUUGCCGGUCUUGCGGCCGACCUGGAUUGGAACAGCGAUCCCGGCAUGCCCGACCGAAUCGACAAUGUCGCGCGGGCUGUGUCAAACAUGCCAGGCGUUUCUGGCCCCGAUGUGGAGUCGAGUGAUGGCCUAUUGAAUGUGGCGACGGAUCCCUUUUGUACAUUCGAGUUGGGUGUUCCGGGGGAUAGCCAGAAUAGCGACCCCAACCGGCAGGACCUGUUCUCUGGGGAGCCAUUGCUUAUCGAGGGGAUAGCGGAAUCGGAUGUGGAACUGAACCAGGCAGCAUUGCCUGCCCCCGAGGAUGGGGUAACACGACCGGCGCUCGCAGAUCUCUAUCUCAAUCGUCUUCAAUUGCCCAAGACGUCGCUCCUUCAAGCCUUUGCCUUCAACGCACGCUGCUUAGGCAUCGGCCCCGAGGAAUUCGCCAGCUACUCCUGCCUAUCCUUCUGCUCCCCCUUCUACCGUCCCGUCACGAUGACCGAUGAUCCACAAGGUUUGCUGGCGGCGGUCUCGCGGCCUGCUAUCCCGCCUCAUCUGCAGCCCACGUUGCCGCAGGUGCUGUUUCCCCACCAUCCGAUCCUCGACCUUCUGCCGCUGCCCGGGCUGCGAGCUCGCGCCAUCAUGCUGGCGGCCACGGCGCCCUUCUUGCUGGAUGCCUUCGACUUCAAAAAGGACGUCGUCGAUGGGGGCCUCAUCUGCUGGGCUGCCCGGCGGGGAGGAAAUGACCAACCAUGGGAUAAACGCAGCUGGGAGGCCGCCCCGUGGUUUCUUCGAAAGUGGCGGUUACUGGUUGACGGACCGCAGAGUGACCUGUGGCAGCAAAGCGCCUGGUGGCAAGGCAUGAGAGGCGAAGUGCCGGUAUGGUGA